UUCUUUAUUUAUUUACAGACUGUGCUCGUUGACAAUAACGCGCCUAUCGAUACUGACACCAUUACCCGGCGAUAUGACGUCACUAACAUUGGCUGUCAAGAUGCAGAGCUCCAAGCGUACAUUACGUUCACACGAGAUACCCAUAAAUAGCAGUGGUUUUGCGCAAAGUGGUGCAUCCGGUGGCACAGCAACUGGCCUGACCGCUUCGAACAAUGCUGUUGGCAGCAUUAUGCAGCAGAGCAACUCUGGAGCCUCACUUAUCGGUGGUGGUUGUGGUGGUGGUGGCAUUAACAACGCAAUGGGCAGCAGCAAUGCUCAAAUGGGUUCAGCCAUAAUUGGCACGCCCGGAAAUAUUGGAAAUACGGGUAUUGGCAUUGGCAUUGGCGGAAGCAGCAGUGGUGUUGUGUCCAUGACAGCGGGCGGUAGUGGCGGAGCGACCACGAUGCCAUUGGCAGAGACUGAAUUAGAUUUACACUUCAGCCUGCAGUAUCCGCAUUUUAUCAAGCGCGAUGGCAAUAGCAAUCGCAUUGGCUACAAUUUACCCUUCUCUCCCUUCUCUCGCUCAAACGCACAUAGACUGGUUAUAUUGUUGCAACGUCGCAAAAAAUACAAAUCACGCACCAUCUUGGGCUAUAAAACCCUGGCCGAGGGCAUUAUACGUAUGGAUGCAGUGCUGCAAAAGUCCAUGGACAUGACAGUCGAACUGACGGCAUCCGGCAAAAAUGGCCGACCGGGCACAACGGUGGCGUGUCUACGCGCCGAACGCGUCUCAUCCAUUCCAGUUGAUCAUGACAAUAAGAAUAAUAAUAGCGUACUACUGGCAGAUCGUGUUGCCGAAUACUCAGACGAGGACGAAGAAGGCGAAUUUAGUUCUGGUGAAUUUAAUGAUGAGGCCACCGAACUUGGCAUACCCGGUUACGAUCCCAAACGCGAUUACAACCCGAGCAAGCAUGAUAUGCGAAAAUAUCGUAAAUUGCAACGUUCUGAGGUGGAGGACGUCGCACUAGGCACCAAUCCAGUUGAUAGUGAUAGUGAAUUCGAGAUGAAGGAUAAGAGCUCGUCGCGGGCGAAGAUCAGUCGGACGAUUUCAUUGCAACAACGCAACUUCAAGCAAAAAAUUGUUGCGUUACUAAAACGUUUCAAGGCUUCCGAAGAGUUGGAGGGUGAGGUGAGUCGCGGCACAGCUGCAUUGCGUGGCGAACGCGAUUUGGAUGCGCUCUUUCAAGAGCUUGAAUCUUUGUCCUGCUGCGAGGGUGACGAUUCUGGCCCCGAUAUGGACAGCUUAUCAAUUGGUUCGACACCGAAACCUUCGCUGCGUCCAUUCUUCACCAACUCACGGAUAAUGUUGCACGAUAAUGGCGCUGGUGGUGGCAACUUUGAACGCAGAUCAUCGGAUAAAAGCGACCAAUUGACCAAUUCGUCAUUCAAUUAUGAUAAUACUAGACAAAAAUGCAUUCAUUUAACAAACAAUAACAAUAAUUCGGCAACAACACCAGAUCGCCCGCCUGACUAUCGCAACGACAGCUCUGGCAAUGAGGGUAAUGCUUUCAAUACCGAUGGCCAGAAUUCCGACCCUCAAAAUAGUCCACCACGCACGGAUAAAGACUAUAUGCGUCUGCAACUAUUGCAGCAACAGCAACAACAACAAUUGACUCCAGUGAGCGGCGGCGGCAACAACAGCAACGCAUUCACCUUUAGUGAGAAGCGUUCGCGACUCUUUCGUACAUCAAGCAAUACACCAAGCGCUGCCGGUAGUAGUGGUGGUGCUAUGGGGAUGGGCAAGAAAAAGCAGACGCUCAGCUUAUCGGCUGAGCCACGUUCAGUAUUAGAAACAUGUCUGUCACCGACAAAUGUGGAGCCGCGUAAAAUGUUGCUUGACCAGCUGAGCCGCAUAUUCGCCAGCGAAGACACAGUGUUGCCCGAUGUGGUUACAAUAAUCAGUCCACCUGAGGCGCUAAGUGGCAGCGCAUUAAUACCUAAGCUAACAACAUUGUUGGGGAACUCUUUCAAGCCGGCUUUUGUGCCACAAAACACAGCAGAAGUUAAGGCGGUGCUGCAGGCGUUGAUGGGCAAAAUACAGAAAUACUGCAAUUCGAAUGCAAAGCCACCGAAUACGGUGAAGAUUUUGCUUUUGGGCGGUGAUUGGUUGCAGGGUGCCGCUUUACGCCACUACGUUGAGCUGAUGGGCGUGCGCCCGCCAGAUUGGCUAAAUCAUUUGCGUUUUUAUAUUGUGCCCAUAGGUAGCGGUAGCACGAUUGCGCGCUAUCUCAGCCAAAUCGAUUUAACAUAUGGUGCCAUGUUUGGUUCGGACAAUUGGUAUCAGUUGUGUGAACGCGUAGCGGCGACUGCAGCGGCAGUUAGCGCUGUGACAACAGUGAACGCAUCGGCGCUAUCAACGACGCUCGGUGAUUCGGUGACGGCUAAUAAAUCGGACAUUGUGGAGAUGGUGCAACGCAUACAGCGUUAUUUGCACGCAGCCGGCCCAUGUACACAGAUUCCUAUCGCCGAGGCCAUGGUCAAUUAUAAGGACGAAGAUUCAUGUCAAAUAUUUGUGCCAUUCGUCAGUGACGUACGCAUUGGCUACUUGGAAGGUCCACAGGUAUCACUUGAUCUCGAAGAGAAUGCUGCACAAACUGGCAGUACUGGUGCUCAACAAGGAUUGAAUAUGUCGAGUGCCAUGCCCAUUGGAAAUGCUAAUGUUACGAAUAUGCCCGGUGGUGGUAGCAGCGGUGGUGGUGGAAGCAAUAAUGCACCAUCCGGUUCGCCACCGCAAAGUGGUCGUAUCUCACCACCCCAGCAUACGCCACCCUCUUCGGCGAAUGCGCUACGCGAUCGUGGCGGUGAUUCAAUAAGUACACUACCAGCGAAGGCGAAUGAUGCGCCCGAGUCAGUAGAGCUGCAAGUAGACUAUUGGCCCAUUAUGCGACCGGGUGAUUACACACCUAAGGAGAAGAGCAUCACACGUAGUGGUGAUCAGGGUGGCAAGAGUAGCAUUAAGAGCACGUUCAGGAAUCUACAGGUUUGGCGGCUACCACAGAAUGCUCAAUUGGGCGAGAUGUCGCAUGGGUUGACGGUGAAUUUCGCCACUAAAGAAAAAAAACAAAAGCAAAUAAUGCGUCUGGGCAAGAAAAAAGAAAAAGAUCGAGAUCUCGAAAAGGAGCAAUGCGUCGAAGGCGUGGCGCGCCUAAUUUGCUCGCCGAAACCGUCGCAUCCAGUACCGUUAAGAGUUUUCAUCGACGGCACAGAAUGGACUGGUGUGAAAUUCUUCCAAUUGUCAUCGCAAUGGCAAACGCACGUUAAGAAUUUUCCAAUUGCUCUGAUUGGUUGUACGCCAAUGUCAUGUUCUGAGAUAUCCUAGUCAUUUUAAAUACAUACAAAAUAUUAAACGAUGAAACAUAACUUUUUAAUAUGUAAUAAUUAAUGUAACAAUUACACUUAUAGAACAGAUAAAUAUGCUGCAUAUAAACAUGUUAUAAAUACGUACGUUGACAAAAAUAUUGUGCGACUAGUAUUGGAAUAAUAACUUUAAUAUACUGUAUAUUCAUAUAGACAUACAUACAUACUACAUAUACCAUACAUUCAUAAAUGCCUUCAUAAAUGACUACAUAAAAAGCGAACCAUGCACAGCGACUGUGCGCAUAACUCAUACACACUGCAAUUCAGCAAAAGAAUAAUAGUAAUCAUAAAAAGCUACUUACUUAUAUUUUUACUACAUUCAUCUCUGUAAUAAACAUACAAAAAUGCUAAAUGCAUAAAAAUAGAUUUUCCUUAUGAUUUGUUUUUACAUAUUUUUAGCUUUAUAACGACACAAGUUCGUUCUUAUAUAUUAGAAUCCACGUAAACGCAUACACAUAAAUAUAUUUUUAUGAUUUUUUUUAUUUUUUAAUUUUCUUAUUAUUAUUAUUAUAUUUAUAUAUCUUUUUUGAUAACAAUGAAACUUUUGAGCUGUUGUAAUUGUUGUUUGUAAAAAUAAAUUACCAUGAAAAAAUAUUUACUAUAAAAUGCGCUUACUUAUAAAGAAAAUAUAACAUUUUGGUGCAUACAUACAUAAAUGCAUUCAUAAAUAAAUUUAAAAGCAACUAAAGUGAAUUGUGAAACCAAACAAAGCUUGCUAAAAAACAGUAGAAUUUACAUAUACUAUAUACACAUAUAUAGUUAAACGAUAAAUGGUAGCUACAUACAUACAUACGCCGAUAAUGUGUUAAAUGCAAUAUGAAACUUGAGUAUUGAGAUUUAAGUAUAGCAUACAAUUUAUAGCUUCCUACAACCACCAGCCAUAUUGAAAUAUUAAAUGUUAAAAAUACAUGCAUACAUGCAUACAUACAUAUAUACAUGCAUAUGAGAGUAUAAACAUAAAAUUUGAAACAAUGUAAACGCAUAAGUGAAACGCAAAUUAACAUUGCAAUGCCACCGUGUUCAGUGCGCCUCGGCGACUGAACUUCAACGAAUUUCCAUUAAAGCAGCUGUAUCAGAGAUUUUUCCUUAUUAAAUAGUAGAAACAGUAAAUAACACAAAAUAAAUAGUACAUAAUUUAAAGCAAUGUAAUAAGAAUUGACUGCGAAGCAUACAUACAUACAUAUAUACAUACAUACAUACAUACAUAUAUACAUACAUACAUGCAUAUUGAAAAUGAACCACAGUUCCAGAGUAGCAACUUUUUAAAUCUCAAUGUGCUACAGUGUAAAUUAUUUAUGCAUAAAAAUAAGAUACUAAUCUAAAAUGGCUCAAAAAGUGUAUGAGAACUGGGGAUAUGCAAAAAUGAAUCUAUUAAAAUCUUAGUUAAAAAUUUAAUGAAUCCAUUAAAAACUUAAUUAAAAAUUGAUAAACUUUUAGAAAUCAGUAAAAUGUUGUUGUUGUAGCAGCAUAAACAUGCCGCUGGAGUGCCAGUCCUUGGCUGGAUAUAAAUCCGGGUCUCGUUUCGGUAACGUAGAAUCGACUGUCAUGGGAACGAUCAGUAAAAUGUAAUUAGCACUGGCUAAAACAAUGUUUUCCCAUUUCCUGAUUCACUCCAACCAACAAUAUUUUUCAAUAUGAUGAUUACUAAUAUAAAUUAUCAAAAUAAUAAAAUAAAAAUGUCAAUUACGUUUUAAAAUGGUUCUCCGCAAAUGUUCACUUUUAUAAAUUCUAAUAAAUAUGUAUGUGCAUAUACUAUAUCACAGCGAGUUGUUGACAAGUUUUGAUAAUUUAUUUGUUUCUCAUUUAAUUUUAAUAAUGUUUUUAUGAAAUUGUAUUACAUUUGCCUAAAAAAUCAUAUAAAUCCAAUUUAAAAUUUAGUGCAAAUUAAAAAUAAAAAUCAACAAUAUUUCAAAUUUUUUGAAUAAUUUCGGGUAUGCAGUUUUAUGGUCUAUUAAAUUUUGGUUUGAUAAAAUUCAACUUUGAAGUGUCUCAAAAACCG